AUGAAGAAAUCCAUAGCCUGCGGCGCCUGUCGCUCGUCAAAGCGAAAAUGCAUACACUCAGGUGGCCCGCCCUGCACGCGAUGUCGCGACCGCGGCGACGAGUGUAUCUUCCCGCCAAAAGGAACGUCCUUCAUCUUCCGCCGGAGCCGGUUGGAGCGUCAUGCCGCUGAGCGAGACCGUGACAUGAGUGAUGCUCCGUCUGGCUCCGAUAUGGCCGAGGCGGCGAGGGCGAGGAGUUUAGCUACGACGGACCCGUUUGGGUUCUUGACUGAUGAGGUAAAAAACAGUUAUCUACGCUGCUCAUACAAAUGGUCGUUCCAUCAUAUUCCUAAUUUACUCAUUGCCAUCCGCGAGAGGAGGCUAGACCCUCUUCUUGUCUGGGCUAUGCUGGCCAUCACUGUGAGGUUCUCGCAGGCAGCUCCGCCAGGAUACUCAACGCAGGUCGAAGCAAGCAACACAUUUGCUGCCCACGCUCGAUCACUGGUUUUAUCCCUCGUCGACCAGCCCAGCGUGCACAGGGCCCAGGUCCUGCUCAUGCUCACGGGUCACUCUUGGGGAGCAGGUGAGGGAAGACGGGCCUGGGUUUAUCUCGGAAUGGCUGUGCGCAUGGCCCAAGUCCUCGGCCUAUUUGAAGAGCCGCCACCUGCGACAAAUCGGGAGGAUUUCAUCGACGCCGAGGAGAGACGACGUACCGCGUGGACCUGUUUCCUCAUGGACAGUCUACUCAGUGGAGGGAAGGGGCGCGACAGGAUGCUUUCGGCAGAUAACAUGCGUAUCCAACUCCCCUGCGAGUCGGACUGUUUUAGCUUCGGCCAGAUUGUGCUCUGUGAGAGGUUGGACGGCUCGUUUCCAGACCCAUCAGCAAUGGGAAUUCGCGUCCGAGGCAGUUUAGGCAUCGUCGCCAACAGCAUGCGCGUCGCUGAUGUCUGGGGUGCUGUGGCUAAAUGGGCGUGCACACGUCACGAUAGCAACGUGCCGCCCUGGCAGCCACAGUCAGAGUUCCAAAUGCUACUAUCCCGCCUUGAAGUCUGGAAGAAUUCCUUACCUGAGCGGUUACGCUACGAGCUCUUCUUCCUCCGAGCACAUAGCGUUUCCAACCAAGGCCAGGCCUACUGCUACAUGCAUUGCAUCUACUUCAUGAGCGUCAUCUUUCUCUACCGAUCAUACCUCCCAGAAGUUGAAAUGCAAAGGGCUAGAGUGGGAGACAAAGAUUGGGAUCAGUGGUCUACUUGGUCUAGUAAAGAGCUUGUGCAGGUAGCUGAGCAGGUUUGCGAUAUGCUGCAGGAGAUUCGUGCUUUUGGUCUUUACUUUCUUCGGGGCUUGGUACCAUGGAUUGGCUUCACCAUUUAUACUGCUGUGGGGACCAUGCUCUACUUUUAUCACUUCCCCAGUCUUGGGGACACCAACUUACAUGUCGAGAAGCGAAGGGAGCAUAUCGUGGAGGGCCUUUUGUUCCUCAAAGACAUGCGACAAGCUUGGCCGAUGGCCGACACUUGGCGUGAAAAGAUAAAGGCAAUGCAGAUCUUUUACAGCAAUAUCAAAACAGACGGCGAUUUGGCAGUCACGCCGAGUGAGCGAAGAGAGAUGCGCAACGCCAUUAUCGACUACGGCGCUCUCCAGCCCGACCCAGUACGCCAACCUGAUGCCCAGAGCACCGACGAACAGAGCGCAACAGACGGUGAAAAUGACCAAGCGUCAGCAACAAACAUGGACUUUACCGAUCCACUAUUCAUCGCCCCAGCUGAUAUCGACCUAUUCGACACAGACUUUGCAUUCGGCAGCAACAUGUACGCUACCUUUGCUGAUGCUACGCAAGGUUUCUGGGAGAGUUUCCCUGGAAGCAUGGAUAUUCAAGGGGAGAUGUCAGACCACUAA